AUGGAUGUGAGGGUGGCCUGGGUGCUCUGCGCACUCUGCCUGGCCACUGCGGCCGGCGCCUUCACCCAGCAGGGACUCAAGGAGAUUUUGCUGAAGCAGCUGGGGCUCGUGGAGGUCCCUAAGCUUCAUAAGAGGGACCUGGUGAACCUGGUCAUCCCAGAGCACGCGAAGAACAAGUACAUCUCCCUGCUAAAGCGGCACCGGGUGAAGCGCAGGGCUCUGCCCAGCCUGGCCGGCAUCCUCAGGGGAAUCCCAGGCAACGCAGAUAUCCCAGGAGAAGUUCUCUACUCCGAUACCACGCGCCAGAAUCUCGUCUUUGACAUGGAGGGGAGAAUACCCAAAAACAGUGAAGUGACUUUGGCUGAGCUGAAACUUUUCAAAAAGCCCCUGGACCGAUCCAGCCUGCCUGCCAGACACUCCCACCGGUCUGUCUCCAACGCCAGGGUCAGCGUAUAUUGGGUGCAACAGCAGCUCGAUGGGACCAACAGGACCUCCCUGAUAGACUCCCGGCUGGUUCCCAUACGAGAGUCGGGCUGGAAGAACUUCGAUGUGACGCAGGCUGUGCACCACUGGCUGCGGAACAAGAGGCGGGAGCCAAUGCUUCUGGAGGUGUGGAUCGAAGGAGAAAGAGUAGGCAGCUAUGCUUCGGAAAUGGCCAAAGCCGUGCGCUUUACCUCCCAGGACCCCACGGAUAAAGCCUUAGGCAAACCUGAACUGGUGCUUUACACCCUCAACUUGGAAGACUAUGGGGGCCCCGGGGACUGCAAGGAGGAGGGUGCGACGGGCAGGUCCACGUGCUGCCGGCAGAAGCACUACAUCAACUUCCGCGAGCUCUCGUGGACGCAGUACUGGGUGAUCGAGCCGGCAGGCUACCAGGCCUACCAGUGCGUGGGGGGCUGCCUGCAGCCCGGUGGGCUGCUGCAGCACCUGGGCUACAGGCAGCGGGCCUGCGCUGCGGCGGAGCCCUCUGCGCUGCCCAUGAUGUACCUCAUCCAGCGGGGCAAUCACACGGAAAUCGAGGUGGCUGAGUUCCCCGGCAUGAUUGUGGAGCGGUGCAGCUGCUUGACAGACAGCAUGGCCCUGGUGUAG